ACAUCAACAUUAGCUUUGCUGCACGCUUGUGUAUGUGGGUGUAUGAAAUACGAUGUGUGGGAGGAAGUAGGUGGGGGGCAGCGAUCAUAUAAGUGAACCAGGAGUCAGGUACUGCCUCAAACUGUUGACGGUAAAGUCAGCCGCUGAAGGUAAGCUUGCCUUUGUCACUGCACUUCCUCUGUCCUAGCCCGUUGCUUUCACUUUUUUUUUUCUGUCCAACUGUGUUAGCCUCGUAUCCUUCCAUCUGUGCUUAGAGCCUCACCGCUCAUUCACUCCCGCUGAUCUCUUUCUGUAUAAUCUAUGUUUUCAACUUGUCCUCCGGAAGUCUUUGUUUGACAGUCACACACACACACACCCAGCCAGCCCUUCUCCUUCCCUCACUCCCCUCCUCUCUGCCUCACCACUUUCAGAGUGCAUCUUCUCUCUCAUUUGCAUUUCUUCCGCUUCCUCGUGACAAGAAACAGUUCAUGUCAAAGAGCCGUGAGAGAAGAUCAGAUUGGAGAGGUGCUAGAUGGCAGAGCAACACGAAAGGAGCAGGUACACAGAGGAUGGGCCGGUUCACUGUGAACGGCUGUUUAGACUGGAUAACUAUCAGUGACUGGAGUGCAAAGCGAGACGGUAAUUAGAGACCUGCCACUGGUACAUCACGACAGCAGCAGUGUUACCAUGGAGACUGGCAAGCCAGGAUUGGCGAGUGCUCCAGUGCACAUCAGCUCCGUCACAGCGCAGGCAGAGAAAAGGAUGGAUGUCCAGGCUCCCCUGACGGCUGUUUACAUCCACACAGUACCUGCGCUGCCCGCGCAGCCUUACCCUCAGCCGCCUGCAGCUGCUCCAGAAGCAGCCACACUCCAUCUGGGCAUGCCGCCGCUCUACACCAAGGAGACAUUUCCCAUCCUCACGCUCCAUAUUGCUGGUGGGUUGCAGUCUCAGCCGGGAUUGAGCCUGGCAGCUGCUGCUCCCGCAGCCAAACCCAAGUCUGCAGGAAAGCACGUGUGUCCUCACUGCGGACGGGACUGCAUGAAGCCCAGCGUGCUGGAGAAGCAUCUGCGCUGCCACACGGGGGAGCGGCCCUACCCCUGCACCACUUGUGGAGUUUCAUUUAAGACUCAGAGCAACCUCUACAAACACAGACGUACCCAGGCACAUGCACGCCUUUCACUGGAGUCAGAGCAGAGCAGCUUAGACAGCAUGUCUGGCUCAAGAGAGACUUGCACUUCCAGUUUGUCUCUGGAGGAAUGCGUCGAAGAGCCAGGCAGCACAGAGAAGGACUCCUCACUAUCUGCUGCUGAAAGCACCGGUCCAGCCAGUACUCCAAAGGUCUGCUCUGUGAAGACACAGCGCUGUGUGCAGGAAGACAACGAGCUGAGCCUCACAGUUCAAAACUCAAAACCAAAUGGAAGCGAAACGGUAAUAAAGGAAAGUGAAAAGCUUCCACCGAGUGUUAGUAGACACCUUCCCCUUCAGAGACAAGAGGCCACGCUGUUUUCCAAACAGUGGGAAAGCUCAGUGUCAAGAGGGAAAUCGCAGAGUCACGAGAGCACAGACUCUGGCUUCAGCGAGACUAGUGACCACUAUCCAAGCCCUGGCAGUGUUUUGCUCGAUCACAGUAUGGAUUCAGUCGCAGAAUCCACCAAAGAGCAUCUUGAAGAACCCGCCACCAGGCGCACACCUACAGAAUCAGAUCACGGCAGACAGGAGUCCAAAGACUCUGCCAGGGAGCAGGAGCAGAAGGCCCUAGAGGAGCGCAUAUCUAAGCUGAUAUCAGACAAUACAGCUGUUGUGGAGGACAAACAGCUGGAGAACGUGAGGCCACGCAAGACCGUUUUAUCAAAGCAGGGAAGCAUCGACCUUCCCAUGCCAUACACGUACAAGGAUUCGUUUCACUUUGACAUGAAAUUAGGUCAGACUCAGAAUGUUUUGUCACAAAGAAACAAGAAGCCAGGGAUUUACAGCUCUGUGCCCACUCAGCGCUCCUCCACCAUGGACCAUGCCCCCUUGACUCGCAGCAAUUCCCUCCCCUUCAGUGUCACCCUCCUGCAGCCCGAGAGAAGCAGCCCAACCUCCUCCAAUCAGAGGGAUUAUGUAACGCUAGUCCGAAGGGGAAGCUCUGGCCAGAUCAACCCAACAGGUUUCACGAUCAAGCCUGCGAACCAGCAAUCAUCCACCCACCGCCCACUGGUCCGGCAGACAGCCGUAGACUGCAACCACGCAACAGACGGUCUCAUCAGGAAUUCAUCUGUGGAGGAGGCGUGGAGCAGCAGCCUCAGUUGUGACGGGGAUGGCGGUGACAUUUGUGGAGAACCGAGCAACAGAAAGUUCCGGAGGAAGAAAGCGCAGAAGUUCGCCUACAACAAGUGGUACAUGUACGGGGGUGGAACAUUUAAAAAGCUAUACAAUGCUGAGAAAAGUAGCGAUAACAGUGUUAUCAAAGGCAGGAAAUGUUCAGCAAACCCUGAGCAUGAGCCUGUUCAGGGUCUGCAGAAAAGGGCACCGCUGGCAGUAACGACAACAGGUUCGACAAGCAACGGUACCACAGUUGGCCCUCCUGCCAAUCUCUCCUUUGUCCCUGCUGUGGAUUUUAAUCUACAAACUAACUCGCUUAAUUCAUCAUGCCUCGCUCUCAAAGCUCCACUCAGGAGGAAUCUGUCUUUGUCAGUACUGCCAUUACCUUCUAUCGGCUCACUGGUUAGUCACAAAACAGACUGUGUGAACAGACCAGAAGCUGGGAGACUGAUGAACGAAGACAAAAAACAUAGUGUUUCCACAUCGCAGCUGUGCGGAGCCCAUAUUCCUUCAGACAGGAAAAAGCUGAGAACUGAUGACAAAAUAAUUUGCCCUCUGCAGAUGGAGACUGACCCAAACACAAUGCUUGCUCAUCCCACACCCUCUGUCACUCAGCAGGAAGCGAACCUCUCUUACAUCAAUCUUAAAAACAAUCCACAACAUACUCCGCUCAAAGGGCCUCUAUUCAAGUCGGGCAUAAUCAAUGCAAACACAACCUCUGUUAGCACCUCAGCAACUGCUUCUAGUCCCCCUGCUGCAAAGAACAGCUUCCUGCCCAAGUACCAACUCAAGUUACCCAAUGUUGCUGAACCUGAUUUAACUUUUUCACCACAAGUUGUGGAUAAACCACCAGGAACUGAAGCCCACACUUUCACCUCAGUUCUGUCAUCUCCUCACAUCGAGCGCAGCGUGACCUCGGUCACAACGAGUGUAAAGAACUGCAAAGACCCCACAGCUUCACAGCUGGGGCUAACUUGUGAUCUUAAGAAGACGAAUGCUUUCAGCUCCGCGCAGGACCAGCUUGUCUCAACAGUUUGUCAUGCUGCAACAUCACGACUCAGUCAGAAUUUGCCAGGCAGCGUAGCUGUAGUGCACAAACAAUUUGCAGCAACCACAAUAACCACAAGCUGCCUGCAAGAUUAUCAGGCAGGAUUAUGCAGCACUUUGAUCCAGCCUUCGAAAUGUACGACGUCUGCACAGCAACCCAGACCUGUUGCACCUGCUGUUUCUACACUUACCGUAACCACAGCGAGCAGUCAGACAUCUGCCACUGCCGUUAAAGCUGCGUCAUAUGAUCAGUCUAACCCUCCACUCUCUCACAUACAACUCUCAGCACAAUCAAACCUGCUGAAUCCUGUUAGCGUACCACACGUUAGCACAAACACCCCCGUGGUGCCUUGUCACAUUGUACCGUUUGACCAGGUACAGCCAGCUGCUCAGAACGUGUUCCAUGUGCACACAGCAGACCUCCAGAUCUGCCUCCAGAUCAUAUCUGAUGAGCAGUUAGCCCUCAUCGAACCCCAGAUAGAGCGUCUAUCGGGUACCAGUGUCUCCCAGAGACAGGACGCUGAAGGUGGGACCUUAGAAGGUGUCCAAAGCAAAACUCUGGGCUCUUUUGCUGCUGAAAGCAACAGUGAGGCAAAAGAGAGUGCACAACCCAGACAACAAAUGGACAAAAAUGAGUCUUUCCCUGCACUUACCACUGAGAGAAUAAUGACUUCUGUGCCUUUGCAAUUUGGGAAAGCAGAGCCAAGUUCCCACCUGGCUCAGCAAAGCACUUCCACUCAGGCUGCAGCAUCAGCUGAAUCUCUCCCUCCGCCACUACACCCACACAAAAACAGUCAUGUAAACAUGGUCACAGAGACUCAGAGCACUGCGGGUGAUGUAAUGUCAACUUCUGCUCUGCUUGGAGGUGUAAAGUCAGGAAGACGACAAACUUCAGUGGAGGAACAGACUCUCUCUCUGAACCGCUGUGCUGAGGAGCAGGUUUUGCUGGACCGGAGGGUCAGCCAAGGUGCAACCGUCUUGCAAGCUCUCUCUGGCCAACACAAGCUCAGCAGGAGCUCUCCCUGUUCCAGCACAGAAAAUCACAAUAACUUGAAAAGUGAACUGCUGUGCAAAGAAGGCCAACAUAAGCUUAAUAAUCAGGGCGACUCAUGUAAUGUCAGCAUAAUGAAAACUAAGGGCAAGGCCUCCGAAUACAAAGGAAGCAGGUUAGAAAGUGGAGAGCACUGCAGCCAUUCUCCCUCUCCUGCAUGCUCUGAUAAACAUUCUGGGUCGGUCUCUUCACUUUCUGUCAAUAAAAGCAAAGCUGUGGGACAGCCAAACCCACAAGCAUCCAUCUACUGCAGUAAUCAAGUGGAGCCCACAAUAUCUGAGACUUUGAAUCCAUCCAAAGAUACAAACAUGGGAUGUGACAGAGUCGGAUCUGUAGGUGAUUCCAAAACUUUAUUGGAAAUCACCCCUCAUGGAUCACAGGAUGUAAUCAGCUCACGCCACUCAGAAAAAAGACCGACUCACUUUGCUUCAGCGUCCUCGAACAUCCAGGUGGACAGAUGCAAAGACAACACAUCUGUGUGUGCAAGUAUUCAGAGCCAGACAGCAGGGCUUAUGGAGGGAGCCUCCCUGGCGAGGUGUGCAGCCCAGAAGGAGCUGCAGAUGCAGGAACAUGUAAGGACUCCCGGGCAGCCAGACAGCACAGACUGGAAGCAGAAGCAGAGCCAAGGGGCUGAAGAGAAAAACCACCAAUGUCUGGGAGAGCGAGGUGACAGUGGGGUGACGGGAGAGGAGGAGGAGAACAGAGGAAUCAAAGCAGACAAAGCUCCAGGACUGUGGGCCGAGUCAGACUGCAGAUCCACAGUUUUAUCAAAGGCAGAGGAAGAAGAUCAAAAGGUCAAGAAUGAUUCUUUUAAAAACCCUUGGCCACCCGAGGAACACCUUCAGCAUGUUUCCCAGAUGCACUCAGGAAUGUCUGAAUACCCCCAACUGAGCUGUCAGCAAGCGUUGAAUACAUCGAGUAAUCUCAACAUACCUGCGUGCAGCAUUCAGACGACCCUUUUCACUUCUCCAAAACUCCCUCUGGAAAUUAACCACUCGUAUCACUCGCAACACAACUGGCAAAGCGGUGUCACUCAUAACCAACCAACACAGGUCUUACCUGAAUUCAAUUCAAGUCGACAUAUCAGUGCAGGAGCUCAGUUAUCACAAACACAACAUAUUUUUUCAAGAACUGAGCCCACUAUUCAACAAACUUUCUCAGUCCCAGACCAAAAGCAAACCAGCGUCAGUCUGACCAUUCAACAAGGAAAUAGCACUGCAGGUAACAGCAGCACAACAAUAAGCAGCUGUAAGAAGUUCAACUUAACAGGUCACCAAAACUCUAAUGUUGGGACAUUACCCUCCACACAUGCCGAUCAAGUUUCUCAAGCCUGUAGAGUUGUUACUGGAGCUAGAGGAGACAUCCAACCAUCAAAGAUGUAUCACGAUACUGGGUCUCCAUGCAAGCCAUUUCUAUACGCUGACGAGAAGCAUGACACUACAGCCAGUGACUCUGGAAGAGCUGACAUUACCAGCAAAUAUCAUUCUUUUUACUUGGCUGGCCCACUUCAUGGCUACCAGUCUGCUGAGUGUCUGAACAGUGGAGUGAGGCCUGUGCAGAGCUGCCAGGAGUAUACAGAAGACACGAGCAGCAGUGACGAUGAAGGAAAGCUUAUCAUUGAACUUUAACAGACAGUAAAGCAUACAUAGAGUCUAUUAUUUUAAUUUUAUUUGCUGUAGAUAUUUGUUCAGAGGUUAAGUUGCUCAGGAGGCAGGAGUAAUGUCAGUGACUGGGUUAACUCAGUGGCAGAGCUUUGUUUAAUUAAAAGUCACGAUAUUUCAAUAUGGGGCCAUACAUCAAGGUAAAGUAAUGCUACAGUCCUGUAAUUUUGUACCACUCUCUUAAUUUGACUGAACAGGAAGUUCAAUCACAGUAUCUAGCAUAUGGCACAAUAGCACAGAUUUGUGUUUAGCUUUGUUGUCACUUUAUGAAUACAGAGUAACAACUGAGAUAGUCAUCGUUGAUUCAUGUGAAAACACUGACAGUCUAGAAUAACUGGAGUUCUUCCUCCUCUUUCCCACUCUGCCAACAGCAGAACACAUGUAGCGACAUGCUUGCAAGCCUGCAAUGCCAUUAACAGGCCUCCAGGCUUGCUUGGAAAUCUUACAGUUGAUAUAAAAGUAGGGGAGUGUUCAAACGCAACAAACAAGACGAAGCUUCAAACUCUCUUCUUCACAGUAAGGCUUUCUUUUUGCACAGAGAGUGAACUCUGAGCUUCUGGCUUUUCCAGCACUCAAACAAACCUGAGGUGCAGGUCAUACUAUAAGAGGUUAUUCAUUAGACUUGCAUGAAUGUAAUUGGUCCUUAAUGUGUUUUGUUGCCUCAGCUUCAAACCCUCCACAUAGGAAUCCCCAAAGUGUCCAUUGCACUCAUGUUCACUCGUAUGACAAUUAUUUUCCUCACCUCAGACAGGUGAGCUAUUAGAAACACUUUUUACAGUUAAAUCAGCUCUUUUGUAGCAUCUGCCCUCAGUUUGAGCUCCUGAGCUCUGUCAUAGCUGCUGGAACAUUUUUUCAAGCUCAGUGAAAGUCUGACCUGUUUAAAGUCCAAAAAUAUUUCCAUAGUAUUUGGAACUGCCAAUACACAACCUUGCAUUUUCUUAACCACUUAUCUGGUUCCUGAUGGUGGGAAACUGGAGUCUGUGUGAGUUGUGAUAGGCCAAGAGGUAGGGUAAUCCGUGGAAAGGUCAUCAGGCUAUCACAGGAAUAACACACAGAGACCAGCAUUCACAUCCACACCUACAGCCAAUUCAGAAUUACCAGUUAACCUAAGAUGCACGUCUUUGGCCUGUCAGAGGAAGCCAGAGUAACCAUGAAAGCAAACUCCACAUAGAAAGGCACCAGCUGGCCAGUGGAUUUAAUCCAGGACCUUCUUGUUGUGAUGCAACAUUGUUAACCACUGCACCAUUGUGUGACAAUUAUGACAAUUGUUACAUCAUUGUUGUGCACGUGAUGUUUUUUACAGAAAGACAAAUUAGUAGCAAUAACAAGACAUUUUCUGAUACAAGAAGUUGCUGUAGGUGGAUACAUUAAUAACUAAAAAUGCUUUUGCAAACAACAUUAAUCAUUUAUUAAGUUGCAAGACUUCAAACCCAGGCUUAAGUACACCAAAACACCAAAGCUAAUUAAAAUGACCAAAACCAUUUUGUCUGCCUCUCGGGGGUACACUGUACCAGUACAGUCGAACCUAGCGCUGUCAUUGCUAAUGCCACUCGAUAGUUGAAAGUUCUCAACUAUCACUCAGUUUGCUUAACCCAGCCACUGAGUUUUCUUCUGCCUCUGAGAAAUGUUGUGCGACUUCCAUUCUGCUCUCUCACACAUGCACAUAUACACAGACACACAAACAAACUUUGCCAUAAUUAGUGUCUACCUUCCCACAAUGACUCUCUCUGAUAAAUUGCACUUUGUAACUUUCCCAGACAACACCUGCUUGUGUGAAUCAUGUACACAUGCUGCCAAGUAUCUAUUAAGUUGAUCUCUGCUGUCAAUCAGCUCACCCAGGUAAAACAGACACUGGCUGCAGGGCCGUGACCCUUUUCCUAGUCUGGGUUUUGUAAUGAAUCAGCAUCUACAAUAAGGCACCUGGGACAGGAAGUGUGCAUGUGUGUAACAUUUUUGUAGAUAAAUCUGCACUCGGCUGCACGCUGACUCGCUUGUCACUCGUCAGCCCGUUAAUAAUAAAAACCCCCUUUUGCACCUGA